UUUCCAUCCAAGUGUAAAAUGACAAAUUUUUAAUAUAAUCACAACAUCACUUUAUACGUAUGUCUUAUUCAAAAUUUUUUAAGAGAAAAACUCGCUUUUAUUUAUUAUAAUAAUUAUUUAUCACUGUCAUAAGCACUGAAAACCAGGAAACAGAUUAUUUGAAUUUCUCAUCAGAAAUGAUAAGAUGUAUGAGAAGCAAGGUUAAUUUAAAAAGUAGCACUUAUAAUCAAACGGGACAGAGUUAUUUCGAACAAUUAGAGGCCUGCAAUUUGAUGAGUUGGCACUUGCGACGAAUCUUAUUAGCAAAAAGUGUGGUAGACACAAAAAAUAAAGAUUAUUUGUUAAAAAAAAGUCGACAGUGUAAAGUGCAAGGAGUUGGGCGUGAAAGAAUCUAUUUGCAUCCGGACGUGAUAGACGAUGUGAUCGAUAGAUUGGCCUAUGAUACUCAACAUCAUCCAGUGGAAUUGAUAAACAGUAGUGAUGUUAUAGUUAAUAUUUUCUACUCGAUGCAGGACAUAUUAAAAAUGACUGUAAAUCCGAAACGCCUGGAUUGUUGCAAUUGUUGUAAUUUAGAUUUUCGUCAAAGGGGACGUCGACAACGAUCGCCGUCAAAGAGUUGUCGAAAUACCUCACCAACAACAUCACGUUCGCCGAAACGUAAAAAAUUUAUAUGCAAAACUAGUUCUGGAAAGGAUUUGAAAUGCAUGAGAGAUAUCUCUCCUACAAUUGAUCCAUCGACAGGUUCGCGACAAAGUUUGUCAAUGUUUAGACCGGAGUCUCAAUCUCUAACGCAAGAAACAAGCGAUCAUCGUUCGGUUUUGUCGAGCACUUCACGAAGUUACGACGGUUCAGUUUGUGAUGCUAAAUCUUUCGAACAAUUCGCUUCAAAACGAUCAUGUCAAAAAGAGGAGGACAAGAAAUAUAUCAAAUUUGUCUAUGAUAUCACCAAGGAUAUAAUGCAGAAUGGCUUUUACACUGAUAAGGAGCUGCAAAGUGUAUUUAAAAAACACAUCGAUCAAAAUAAAAGAAUACUUAAUAUGAAUAGAAUGCUGUACGAGAUUUAUCAAUUGAAGAUCUCCUUGAACAUAGUAGACGAUUCAGAGGAGGACGAGGCGCUAGAUGAUCUGAUCCACGCGCAAAAGUUAUUGAGUGUAUCCGAGAUCAGGCCGCCUACGCCACCGAAGGUUCUGGAUGAAAACAAGGUGAUGGAGAAGUUGGAGUCUUAUCAGAAAAUGAUAGAUUCUGAGAAAAGAUUCUUAAACGGUGACAAAAAAUCGGUGACACUGGUCGAUGCGAAUCACGAGCUACUCGUCACCGAAGAAGACGUGCUAUUGUCGCUGAUGGAAGGUGGCAUAGACCCCAAACAGGCUCAACAUAUUUGUAGGAAUUUACUGUAUAGGAGCAGAGACGCGGUCGUCAACGAAACGGCUCAAGUAGACGCGGAAACAUGCUCUACGGAUUUGAAGGUAGAUGCUCCAGAAGAGUUAAGAGAUAACGAUAAACAGAUUUCUGAAGCUGAAACAAUCGAAAGCACUCGCGAUUCCGUCGCGAAUAACUCGACCAGCUCUUCGGUGAAACAGGAAACAAGCUCUUAUUCGACAUCGGAUUUCAUAUCCACGCAAGCCGAGACGAUAGAAACGAAAGAGGAUACGAAAUCCGAAACCCAGACGAAAUCUAUAUCUGAAAAUACCGAGGAAGUAGGAGUAGAAUCGUAAAAACUACAUUGUUACAUAUAUAUAUAUAUAUUUGUUUAUCGAAAAUUCGUUUCAAUAUCCGCGUUAUUAAAAGAACAUUAUCAUAAGAAAUUAUUAACUUUCAAUGCAAUUAUUUAUUUGCUUUCGAUGCAAUGCUUUCGUUAUAAUACUACCAUCAAAUAACUUAUUGUGUUAAAAACCAAAUAAAUGCUAGACGACGUUUUAGUUUAUGCAGAAACAUAUAUGUCUUGCUUAUCGUUUGGCGGUCCAUCAAUAUUAUACCACAGUACAAAAAGGAAAUGCGCAUUUAAUAUUUCGUCCACAUGUAUACAUAUUUCACGUUUAUUUAUAUGUAUAUUCCUCCUAUUACACCACACAAACAAGUAUGAUACGCCUGUAUAUAAAGUUUUUAGAAUUUGUCGUUUAUAGUUUCCCUGACAUAAGCGGAUUCCCAACAGAGAUAAAAUAUAUAUAUAUUAUGCAUAGUGAAAAAAUAUACGUCUCAUGUACAUUUAUAUCUGCACACGUACAAUGUCUAUGCAGAUCUAUGUAGAGAUAUAUGUACAAAUUCUACACAUUUGUACAGGAGACUUACACAAGAGAUAUGUGUCGUAGAGGUAUAUCUUUAAUACAUAUGUAUUUGAGCGCGCAUUUUAAAUUAUACAAGC